CGGUCGUUUCUCUGUCGCUGCUGAAGUCCCCGUCCCCUCGCUCAUCAAUCUAUCACCAUGUCUACCUUCCUCCAGCAGAUCUACCGCCUCGCGGUUCCCAUCUCGGCGGGAGUCUACAUCUUCAACUCCUCCAUUUACGAUGUUCGUGGUGGUACCCGCGCUGUCAUCUUCGACCGAUUGUCCGGAGUGCAGGAGAAGGUCAUGAACGAGGGCACACACUUCCUCAUCCCUUGGUUGCAGCGAGCUAUUAUCUAUGAUGUUCGCACCAAGCCCCGCAACAUUUCCACCACCACGGGUAGUAAGGACUUGCAGAUGGUCAGCUUGACUCUGCGUGUGCUGCACCGUCCUGAGGUCCCGAAGCUGCCGGCCAUCUACCAGUCCUACGGUAUCGACUACGAUGAGCGUGUGCUCCCAUCCAUCGGAAACGAAGUUCUCAAAGCCAUUGUCGCUCAGUUCGAUGCCGCCGAACUGAUCACCCAGCGUGAAGCUGUCUCCAACCGCAUCCGCACAGACCUCAUGAAGAGAGCUUCUCAGUUCAACGUCGCCCUUGAGGACGUCUCCAUUACCCACAUGACCUUCGGAAAGGAAUUCACCCGUGCCGUCGAGCAGAAGCAGAUCGCCCAGCAGGACGCCGAGCGGGCCCGUUUCAUUGUCGAGAGGGCCGAGCAGGAACGUCAGGCCAAUGUCAUCCGCGCCGAGGGUGAAGCCGAGAGUGCCGAUAUUAUCAGCAAGGCUGUUGCCAAGGCGGGCAGCGGCUUGAUUGAGAUUCGUCGUAUCGAUGCCAGCAAGGAGAUCGCGACGACGCUUGCCAACAACCCCAACGUCACGUAUCUGCCUGGUAACGAUGGCAAGGAAGGCGGAAAGAGCACUAGCCUCUUGCUGGGCUUGAGAAACUAGAAGGCGCUGUGGCUUGGUAAAUGGAAUUACGUGUAUUUCUUAUUUCUCUUUUCUUUGUUGUUUUCCUUCAACCGGAUGGAUCUCAGGCGUGCAUGAUCUCCGUGGCGAAUUAAUGUCGUUUGGUCUUCUUUCUUCAUCACUUCCUCUCUUACACACCCUCUCGCACGCAUGCACUCCUACACGCAUGAACCUGUAGCAAUAUCAUACCCAUUCCUCUCUCAAAUAUGCCUCUACAUAUCUAAACCUUAUAGCAG